UCUCAGGCAGAUAGUGAAUCAUCAGGUAGGAUAGGAAACGUGCUGGAUACCAGCACUCCAGGAUCGAGGUUACCUACACGCAGGCCAUCUCUUAUCUCAGAAGCAGAAGGUACACUUGUUGACCAGGCUGCUUUUCUUACUAAGAACCGGUAGCCAACAUGGCCAAAAGAACUUCUGCACGACGAGACUUGGAGCCAGUGCCAAGUAGUGAAGAGGACGAUGAGGAUUCAUCAGAGUGGGAGUAUAAAGAGGUGACUGAAUCUGAGAGUGAUACAGCAGACAAAGUCGAUCUAAAGCGCAGACCUCGAAAAUCUCCCAAGACUCUCGAGCAAGAUGCUCCACAGCAACCUGAGCAGAGACCAGGAGAAAUAUUCAUGUCCAGGAAUGGUCAGAUUAAAUGGUCAUCAUCUCCAAAGGUUGCACAACCUCGCCCUCCCACAAGAUUAAAGAUGAAACCUGGACCCACAAGGAUGGCGGUGAGCCGUGUUCAUGACAUAAGAUCAGCGUUCGAGCUAUUUAUCUCAAACUCGAUUCAGAAAAUAGUUCUGAAUAUGACCAACCUUGAGGGAAAACGGAUUUUCCGUAAGCGAUGGAAAGAGGUAGAUAACACAGAGAUUCUUGCCUACUAUGGGCUCCUUAUUCUUGCAGGUGUCUACAAAUCAAGAGGAGAGUCAGCUCUGAGUCUGUGGGAUAAAGAGAAAGGAAUACCUUAUUUCCAAUCAGUAAUGUCAUUGAACAGCUUUUCUGUGUUCUCAAGAGCCAUCAGAUUUGAUGAGUGGGCAUCAAGAUGUGAGAGACGGCAGAAGGACAAGUUGGCAGAAAUACGAACUGUGUGGGAUAAGUGGGUGAAACGACUUCCACUUAUGUAUAAUCCUGGAUCUAGUGUGACUGUGGAUGAACGCCUUGUUGGAUUUAAAGGCCGUUGCCCGUUCAGACAGUAUAUGCCCUCCAAACCAGCAAAGUACGGCAUAAAAAUCUGGGCUGCAUGUGAUGCUGCUUCCGCCUAUGCGUGGAACAUGCAAAUCUACACAGGGAAGGUAGCGGGUGGAAUCUCAGAGAAAAACCAGGGAAUGCGGGUGGUGCUCGACAUGACACAGGGCCUCAGCGGCCACAACAUCACUUGUGAUAAUUUUUUCACAUCAUACAACCUGGGACAAGAACUCCUCAAGCGUAACAUGACUAUGGUUGGCACAGUCAGACACAACAAGCCAGAGUUGCCGCCUGAGCUUUUGACUGUGAAGGACAGGGAAGUGACAUCCUCGGAGUUUGCAUUUACAGCCAAUACUACUCUGGUGUCAUACGUACCACGAAAGGGCAAGAAUGUGAUGCUGAUGAGUACACAGCAUCGAGAGGGACAGAUCAGUGACAGAGAAGACAAGAAACCAGAGAUCAUUCUGCAUUAUAAUGCCACAAAAGGAGGGGUAGACACUUUAGACAUGGUCACGGCCUGUUAUAGCUGCAAGUGAAUUACUUUACGGUGGCCCCUUGUUGUCUUUUUUAACAUGCUGGAUGUAUCUGCAUACAAUGCUUUAGUGAUCUGGCUGGCAGUUGACCCAAACUGGGAAAAAAGUAGAUUCCGUAUAAGACGGAGAUUGUUUCUAGAAGAGCUGGGAAAGGCGCUUGUGUCCCCUCAAAUCCAAAGAAGAGCGAGAAUUCCAAGGUCACCAGCAGCUGCUUUGAUUGCAAAAAAGUUUCAAGAGGCAACUGGUGAGGGCCCACAUGCACAACACAAACUGCAGUUACCUAAAGGUGCAGCUGGUGGUGGAGAGAAGGGACGUUGCACGGCGUGUCCCCGUCCAACUGAUUCGAAGACAACGUGCACAUGCAUGACCUGCGACAAAUUUGUUUGUGUUAGGCACACAACGAAAAUUUGCUUUGAAUGUGUGUAGUGUGGCAGUAGAUGAAAUAUGAACAUGAAAUAGGAGCCAAAACAUUAUGACCUCCCCCAUGCGAAGUGAACGACGUCGACUCGUGUAAAAAUAGUGCAUGUCCAACAUGUUAUAAGGCUAGGUGAUACUUCACUUUUGCACUAACGAUUUCGGGCUGUGGAUGGUCGUGCACGCUGAGGCUUCUGUUCAUGCUACACUUGUUGAUGGAUGCAAUGGUCCUGGUCAGUGCAUGCAUACAACAGUGAUAUUCCACCAGACCAGCUGAGGGUGGAUUGCAACCAACACAAGUAAUGUAGUGAAAAGGAUAAAAUUAGUUCUUAAAACAGUUGUUAGUCUAGGCUUGGGUGGUAUUUGGAUGAUGUGGCAUACUGUGGUAUUUUUAAAUUGAUAUCCUUAUUACAAAAUUAGUCCCCCCGCCGAAGAAAUUUUAUCACCCAGAUAUUAAAAUGAUGCAAUAAAUGUUUUUUGUUUUUUUUUUAGAAAUGGUAUACUGCUGUAACAAUUAGAUACAUGAAUACCUCCACAUGUCCAGCAACUUGUACUUCUUGGUUGACCACUACUUUGUGAAACUCACUGCUGCCGUCUGCUGGAAAUACCUAGUCAAUUAUCUUGCACAUGUGCAGUUGACAUGCAUGGAUGUGCAUGAUCUCCACUGGACAAAAGACAACAUCCAGGCUACACCUGAACCAUCCACAGCCAACCAGUGCAACCCCCUGUUGGCAAGAUUUACAUCAGCUCUCCCUGUGCAUGCCCAAAGUGAAGUAUGAAUUGUUGUUCGGUUGGUAAGCUAAUGUUCAGUACUUGUAGGCUACAUGAUAAAUGCAUAAGAAAUGGGCAGGGGUAAAGAUCUGAGUGACUGGCGGGGGCCAAAUCAUUCAGAUGACCGGGUCAGAGCAUCUCUGAAACUGCAAGGCUUGUGAGGUGCUGACGGUCAGCCGGGGUGAAUAUGUACCGACGAUGGUCUGAGGAGGGAAAAACCAGGAACCCCUGACAGGAUAAGUGAGAUGUGG